GCUAUUGGAAAUUAUUCGUUUCCCUAAGGUGCGCGAUAACUGUAAAAUGUGAGCGUUCCAAGAGAAUGUCUAUCCACGUGGGUCGUGGAAUCACGCGUCAAGGGAAGGCGUGGUUGCUGCGAUCCCGUGUGAAACAGCAUGUUGAUCAGACGAAAUUCUAUCGGCGCCCAUGUAAGUCAUGACUUUGUACGCGCGUGACAGAGGAGUAGAAGGGAUGAGCGUUGGAAUUUUUAUGGAAGGAAAAAAAGGAAAAACUUCGUGUCUGCGACCAAAAGAGGCGGUCGGUAAGCGCGAGGAAUAGGUAUACCAGAGUGAACAAUCGAGAUAACUUGGCAAAAAAUUAUAUAAUUUCAGUUAGUCGGUCCUUCAGGAAAAAGAAUGCUGUUCUAUGAAAUAUCGGAAUUGUCUUGCAUUUUCCUAAAAUCCAUAAAAGGAAUAGAUAUAAAGGACAUAGACUUUUAACUUGUUAUAACAUAACUGACGAUAAAUUUCUUUAACCUGAUACUUAUUAAUACGAAUACUUUUGUUGAUUCAUUAAAAAUUAAUUAAGGUUAUUGCAGAAAAUAGCAUUCCGAAAAACUUAGUUUUAGCAAAACACCGUUUUAAUAAUUCUCUAAUUACUGUGUUAUUAGAUACUUCGAUGAGUAAUUAGAAUUUAUGAUAAAAAUGAUGUGGUUAAAAAAUUAAAAAAAAAAUUAUGAUAAAAGAAAACGUUUAUCCGUUGCAUUAAGAUUGUUACUAAAAGAAUUUAUAUGACCCUAUUUAUCAAAUCUCUAGAAGGAUCGUAAUUGUAAAUGGUUUCAUAUUCCUCCGUAAGGAUUAAAUAUUCGAGUUGAAGAGCGUAGUGAGUGAUUAAGCAAUGACGCGCCUCUUAGAAUCUAUCGUGCAGACGGUAAUAUCUCAGAAAGAUCUUCAACGUAACUACUAAAAUGAACACGUAUGAAAUAGUUUCAUGAUAGAAAAGAAAUGUCAAAAACAAUAAACGUUAAUGAUCAAAAUUCAUUGUCAAAAUUUAUAAUAUAUGUAACUGGAUAUCAUAUACCAUAACAAGGCUUAGGAUAAGAUUAUCUUAUCACGAACAAAACCAACUGGUCGAAUUGUUCUAACUAAAUCGUAUUUUUUAUAAUGCAUGUUUGUUUACAAAUAUCAAUAUCAAUUACCACUUGACUUUGUACAAAUUAAAAUUUAGUAUCCUAAAAUUAAGUAACCUACUUUAGUUCAAAUUGUUGCAUAGUCCAUCUCUGACCUAUGAUACUUAUAUUACUUGUAACUAAAUUACAAAUAUUUAUGCAAAUUCAUAUUUUUAUAAACUUAAAUAGAGGUUUCUCUCGUCUAUUAAACUGUAAGGAAUACUCUACUUUGGAUAUUUUAAAUACGGAUUCUAUGCAUUUUCGUAUACUCGAAUUUCGCAUUAAUGCAUAAAUAUGCAUGACCCAACAAUAAUAGUGGGACAUUAAUCCCGCAAUAGAUACUUUUGUGCGUUAACAUACCUCUAUGUCGAAUUCAACUUCAUACGGAUAUUAAAGCCGUUAUAGCGUUCUAGUGUCGUUGUAAGACACUUUUAUGUUUGAUGUUCUGAAUCUUCCAUUAAUGGUUGUCAUCGGACCAAUCAUCCAACAUUGGUGAUACAGCCGAUUAAGCUAUCGACUCGAGAUCAGUUUGGUGAAACAAUCUAUAUGGUGUAAAAGAAUGUUUCCAUUGCAGAAAACAAUUCUUUCUUGGAAAUAAAUACUAAGUUAUACUUUUAAUUGGGAUAAACAAUUAUUCAUUAUGAUAAGUUCACUGAAUGUUGUGUGUCAUCCAUUUUAGGAAUUUCAACAGCUUUUUCUAAUUCCAGAAAGCCGCAAUCUUAAUUAAGAUCUUCUCAAAAUAAACAAAGAAUCAUCUACUCGAAUAAAAUGACCAACAUGCAAGUUAUUCUGAGAGAGCAUUUCAAGAAUUCCUCUAAGCUUUGCUACUUUGCGUGCUUAUAAGCAAGCGGCGCUUUACUACGACGACGUUAAGUAUAGAAGGACUUUACACUUGUUUAUUCCAUGAAUAUUCCUCUAAAUAUUUAGAAGCAAUUAUUUUUACGUCACAAAAAAUAACUAGUUUUCUGCGAAGAUAUUUCGCUCUUAGUCAAAGAGGAAUUCUUCAUUUCUAUUUUGAAAUCUUCACAGAAGCAUCCUAAGAAGGUUUUAAUUUUCAAAGUAUAAAAAAUGUCAAAAAAUAGCAUAGAGCAAUGAUUUUCAUUUAAGGAACAAAAUGUCAAAAGGACGAAAAUUUAUGUAAAUUUAUUUGUGUUAGCGUCAUACUAUAUUAAUAUUAGAACGCUUUUCAAUUAGAAAAUUUAAACGCAGUCUUUUAUCAACAAAUAAUCAUAGAAAAAUGCUCUCACGAUGAAGGAAAGCAGAUAAAGAAAAGAAAUAUCGGCAAGUCCGUGGGCACGAACGAUAAAGUUACGAUUUGCUGGGCAAUCAAUGUGAAAACCGGUUGUCGGUUGGAGCAUAAUGUUUCUCAAAUCAAUUCGUACUCGACGGGAAAUACACCUGUACCCCGACUUCUCCCUUUCACGCUCUAGCCUCUCGGCAGUCGCUCCGAACUCGCAUAAACGCACACACUCUAUUUAUAGAUAGCGUAAGGUUGAUUACUCUUUUCACAGAUAUAUGCCGCCCGAGUCCUUAAGUUUCAUCAUAAACGUAAAAUGGGAGAAUCAUAAACCAACGUGAUGAGAGAAUAGGCGAAUGAACGAUGGCAAUUCCAACAGAUAGGAGAAAGAAACAAAAGUCUCUUUUUAUUCUAUCUACUUGUGUUCUAAAUAUAUCGAGAUCGAUUUCUAUAUUAAUAAUCUAAAAAAUAUAUUACAUUAUUUGAAGUUCGCUAUCAGUAGAAUGGAUCAAUAGUUGAACAUUAUCAAGAGAAUACUAUCCAUCCCAAGAGUUCUGAAAGAAAUAAAGUAGUAUAAGCGAAACAAGCGGGAGAAGCGUUCCACUGUGGCAUCAUCCAUAUCUUCCAGCAUAAUAACUUCAAUUUCGUCCCGCGGUAUUGCAAUUUACAAAGAAUUGGGACGCGAAAUGGAGUAGACAAAGUGUAACAGAGAAAGAGAGAGUGAGAUCUACGCUGACGAGACAAAGUGUUAUGGUUCUUAAUGUUACGGGAUAUAAUCUGGCGUCUGAACGACUGUGCGUUUCAGUCAUGCCCGUCAAUGUUUUUCCACGGACGAAAACCUGUUGUAAAUUACAUCUCUGCGUCUCGGUCCUCUUUUGUACUCGUCCUUCGAGGGAGAUCGUCCGCACGAGGAUCACCGGAGAAUCUUUCCAUCGAUUUAUUUACUUUUCUACCGGGUCACGGUGUACUGGAGAUCCUCAAACCUAUCUUGCACCAUCAACUUCAUCCCUGAAGAAAUUUCUCCAUAUCAGGAAGAGAAACACAAAAAAUGAAGGACUAAGAGAGUAUUUUAGUCUUGAAGGUUUAAAAAUAGUUACAUAACGGAUGAUAUUCUAUUUCCCGUGUUAUUGAAGACAAUUAUUUGAAAUUUUGGUUACAAGUUAAAAAAUAUGUAUCUACAUAUUUAUCUACAGAGGAUCGAGAGAUAAUAAAAGGAACAUGCUCUAUCGGAUUAAUUCCCGAAAGCAAAUGGUCAACCAGCACCUUCUUGAGCAAUCAUAAAUAUUCGAAAAUCUCUAAAGGGAUUUUAUUCUGGAAGGAUCCUAAAUUCCAGCAGGAGCUGCGUUCUCCAACGGUCCUAAGCCUCUUCGUGAACGAACAUCAGGCCCUGCUUCAGCACGCGACUGAAUUGCCGCGGGUGAAAGUGGGAGAUCUACAUGCAGCAAAAUCCGAGCCAACACAGUCAAUCUAAACUUUCGUUAGAUCAUUGACACGUUCAAGAAACUGUCUGCUUAGAUAAAAGUACUCUUAAAGACUGUCUUAUUGACAACGACUUCGAUAUAACUUCUAUUUUAUUAAAAAUGACAUAGUCCACCAAUAUAGACUUACACUCUUCUCCUAAAGAAGAAAGGAUAGAGGGAGGUUUUCCAAAAUUAAAAUUCAUGAAUCGGUAACUCGAUUCAUCGAAGCGGCGAUACGGUUAAAGACCUCCUUGAGGCGAGAAAUCAUUAUUUCCGGCGAGACGGAUUCGACGAUAGAAAAAAGUUACUUUAGAAGUGUAUCCCCGAGCAGAAGGACUACGGGGAUUUGGAGGCGCAAACGGAGAAGAAUUAGAGGCAUCAAGGAAAAAUGGCGUAUGACGAUGUUAUACUUCGAAUGGGGGAGUUCGGCCGAUAUCAACGCAGAAUCUACCUGUUGCUCUGUCUACCGGCGAUAUCCUGUGCUUUCCAUAAGAUCGCUGGAGUCUUCCUGAGCGCAAAAAUGAACGCUAGAUGUCUGUUACCACAUGAAAAUCCGGAGAAUGCCACAUAUUUUUUACCGCCACACAUACUGAAUACGAGUUAUCCAGGGGGUUACGAGCAGGAAAAAUUGUUACAAUGCUACAUGCUGGAUCUUCCCAAUAUCGUUAAUGAGACAACGAUCAAUAGGUACGUCGACACGUCAACGGGUAAUAUACACGGAGAAAAACCAUUAACUCCGAAUAGUCUCAACACCCAAGGAUACAAGCCAUGUGAAACGUUCGUUUAUGAUAGAAGCAAAUAUAAAAGUACUACUACUUCUGAGUGGAAUUUAGUUUGCGAUAGGUCAUGGUUGAGAGCUACGGGGGAUUCGUUGUUUAUGGUAGGAGUCAUGCUUGGCUCGAUGAUUUUCGGUGGUUUGUCCGAUAAGUUUGGGCGUAGACCAAUUUUCUUCCUGUCUUUAGUCAUACAGUUGGUCGGUGGUGUACUAGUCGCAAUUUCCCCCGAGUAUAUUUCCUACGUUGUCUUCAGGUUAAUAGUUGGCUCCACUACUAGUGGAGUCUUUUUAGUCGCCUAUGUAAUAGCCUUGGAAAUGGUAGGACCAAAGAAGCGUUUGGUAGCUGGGGUCGGCUGCCAAUUGUUCUUCACAACUGGAUAUAUUCUAACUGCUGGUUUUGCGUAUUUUCUAACCGAUUGGAGAAUACUACAAAUCGCUAUCACUGUGCCUAGCAUUGCGUUUCUUCUCUACUGGUGGUUCAUUCCUGAAUCCGCACGUUGGCUAUUGACAAAGGGUCGUGUACAAGAGGCGAAAGAUCUCCUCCAACGAGCUUCCUUAGAAAAUGGCGUAGAGAUGCCGAGCGAAGCUCUGGAUACGCUUCUUAAUAGUAAUAACGAGGAAACUACACCAGAUUAUAGAAAGCCAUCGUUAUUUGACCUUUUUCGGUAUCCAAACUUGAGAAGAAAGAGUAUUCUACUAUUUUUCAAUUGGCUUGUAAAUAGUGGCACAUAUUAUGGUUUAUCCUGGCAUGUGUCCAACCUUGGUGGCAACGAUUACGUUAAUUUCGUCAUAUCCGGGUUGGUGGAAAUACCUGCAUACACGUUUUUAAUCUUUACAUUGAAUCGUUGGGGAAGAAAGAUCAUCCUGUGCGGUUGCAUGCUAAUAGCAGGAUUUGCAUUACUUGGAAUCUUGUUUGUACCUGCUGAUGCUCAGUGGCUCGUAAUAUGUUUAGCGAUGAUCGGUAAGCUCACAAUUACAUCAUCUUAUGGUGCUAUUUACGUUUUUACUGCCGAACAAUUCCCUACGGUUAUUCGAAAUGUCGGUCUUGGAGCAAGCUCGACUUUCGCUCGAAUCGGUGGAGUAAUUGCUCCACAUGUCAUUCACUUGUCUGAAAUCUGGAUGCCUCUACCAUUUGUUAUUUUUGGAUCGUGUGUACUUUUUGGUGGAGUUAUGUCGUUACUCCUUCCAGAGACGUUAAAUAAGAAGCUCCCAGAAUCUAUACAAGAUGGCGAAUUAUUUGGAAAGAAAUCGGAGAAGAAGAAGAAAAAGCAACAACUAGAUAUAGAACAACUAAACGAAGUUGAUGUGAUAAAACCAUUGAAACCACAAGAAAACGGUGUUCACGAGAAACAAAACGGAUGACGUUAAAUUAGGAAAAAAAUACAACGGUUAUGCUCAAAGUAUAUACUUCAAUCCUGUCUGAUUGUAUUUUAGGCACCCUUGUAUACGCGUCUUACGUAUACUAAUCUUAGUGUGCCCAUUGCAAUACUGCAAUACCAAAAACAAAACAAAAAGAAAACAAAAUCACAUUUAUCUUUCAAAUUAUAUCACCAAUGAUGUAGAUUGCUUUUAAUCAAACGAAACAUGCAAAACGUGAAAUCAAAGGAUGAUAAGAAAUGUAUACUUAGACUUUUAGCUUGUUUCGUAAUUACUGGAAAAUACACAAUGAAAGCAAGAAGGUAGCAGUUUCCUUAUGUUUAUACAUACACGUAAUAUACAGCUUUUGUAUUUAAUAGCACAUAAAAAUUCUGCCAGCAUAUAUAUCAUUUAUUUUAAUUUCUAAAUGUGGUUUACAUACAUGUUAAGUGACCUUGAAAUAUAAGCCUGUAAAAGCUUCUUUCGAAAGCUCACGCAGGAAAUAAUUAUAUUUCUGCGCCGAGAUCGCAGAUAAAAAAUACAAAGACUUUGACGUUUUAA